GCCAGACCUUACCUCAUCAUGUCCUUCGAAGAGUUCCUUACCGAUAUCCAAAGUGCUACAAAAACUGAAGACGGUGCCGCCGUCGCCGAUGCUCUCAGCUUGCGAGCGCUACCGGUAGAGCUGGACCUUAGUUUCGAGCACGACGUGAAGAAUGCUGUGAAGGACAGGACGUGGGCUGAAGUCGUGACAGUGCAUCUCAAAGCAAAAGAUCUGUUGGUUCGGGAGGAUCUCAAUGAUGCAUACGAGGGGCAGGUGGCUGUUGUACAGGCAGUUCUGAAGGGAUGCAGCGCAGGUUGGGAACGGUGGAUACUGCCCGUCCUUUACACGGUCUGCAGAGACCUCAGAUGGAUCGCGAUUGAGGUAUGAUAAUCGGGUUACUUCCAUACGAAGAACUAACGAAUGAUACAGUCGGACAAGCAGAGCGGAAAGACUGAAAACCUCGAGUCAACAGCCCAAGUCCUUAACCGCGCGUUUACGGCCUGCAUCACUGACCGCGCUUCGCUCGACGAGUCGCGUAAAUGGGGAACAUACGUUCUUGCUGCUCUGUUAUUCAAGAUAUACUUCCGCCUGAAUAAGCUAUCGCUGUGUAAGAAUGUGCUGCGGGCGGUGGAUGUUUCGGAGCUGCCAGAAUUGGAGGAGUAUGGGAGAGGAGAGGUCUGUACGUGGAAGUACUACCUCGGAGUCAUCGCUUUCCUUAACGAGGACUACAAGAAGGCUGCGACCGAACUUACAGGCGCGUUUGACUUAUGUCUCUCAACACACACCGUUAAUCAAACCCGCAUCCUGACCUACCUGAUUCCAACAAAUCUCCUCCUUUCUGAACCGCGCCUACCAUCGACAGCUCUCUUUGAAGCGUUCCCAGAACUGAAAAGGCUGUAUGAACCCAUCGUUGAUGCGCUUCGGCUUGGCAGGUUAGGCGCGUACGACAAUGCUCUGGCAAACGCAGAAACAGACCUAGUGAAGACGAGGGCAUACCUGACUGUGGAGAGAGCGCGCGCUGUCUGCGUCCGUAACCUGCUGCGACGGACUUGGCUCCUCUCAGAAAAGUCCAGCCGGAUGGAGAUCAACACAUUCGCCGCCGCCGUAAAUUUCUCACUGCGAGAGGCGGCGUUAGAAUCUGGUGGCAAUCCUGAGCAGAUCGAUGCUGAAGAAGUUGAGUGCGAGCUGGCGAAUCAGAUAUACCGCGGUGCUAUGAAGGGUUACAUCUCCAGGGAGAAGGGGAUGGUGGUAUUGAGUGCGAAGGAUGCGUUUCCGAAGAGUGCGAACAUCAUCGUGUAGGCACUGAAUAUAACCAGGUAUUAGCUAUUAUGGAUCAGAAGAUACCAUAAAUCAAGAUCUAGUUACUGUUUUUCAUCGCGUC